UGUCAAUGUUAUAAAUUCCGUCGUCAAGUAGAUUCUUCACCACAACAAACAGCCCUAUCGGUUGCUAAGAAAUAGACAUGCAGUUGCUAGUGCAGGCUUUCAUCACAUUGCAACGGCAGUGCAUUGUCUGUACAAUAGUCAACAAAAUCCCUUCAUAUGAAUGGACUACAGAAAGAGAUCUGAGGAUCGUAAACCAAGCAGGGGUCACAUAAAUCAAGAUAAAACACCGGACGACAGUUUCAACAUUGAAUCCCCGAACCCUCGGGGCAAUCGUGAAGAAAUACGAGGGUCUAAAUCGAGAUCGACAAACAGGAAAUUGCCGCGACACGUUAGGAGCUUGCGAAAUGACAGUGAUAGUGAGGAAGAUAAUAACAAGACUGCGAUCUCCAACUACAUCAGAGGAGGCUCAACUGAUCCAGAGAGAUCAGACGAAAAUCCGCCCGAUCGUUCUGAUCUCGCAGGCGAAAUCGAGGAGAGGUAUGAAACUCCAUCGAACCAGGGCAAACGCCGAAAAUCGAAAAGACGAGUGCACAGAGAAGAAAAAAGUAUUUCGAAGGCUGGGGAAAGCCAUGAAGAGAACCCUGAUGAGGAUAGGGAUACUUUGAAGUCAAUGAGAACGUCGAGGAAUCAAACUGAUAGCAGUGCCAGUGCUGGUAGUAAGAAGAAGAGGAGGCGAAAAAUUCGUAGCAAAGAUGAUUCCACUGAUGUUAGAGAUGAAUUGCCGAUUACAGAGAUACUGAGGAAAUCUCAGGAGAAUGCACGUCUCCAGUAUGAAGAAUCAGCGCCUCUUCCACAGUUAACUACAGAUACGAUUUAUGUGCAAGGAAGAAAUGGCUUCAGUGCAGUCAAGAUUCCUGGAGAUCGUAUUGCCCGAGGUCGACGGGAUCCUGAUACUGGGGGAGCUAUUACACAUCCGAUAAAAGUCGCGAUAUUGGCGCAAAAGGCAUGGCGGAACGCAGGGCUAAUUUAUCAAGGUCUUCUCGCUGGAAUGGCACUUAUGCACUUUCUUUUCAUGCACACGCUUUCGGAAUUGUUCCGCGAAUCCGUCAUCGAUUAUUCCAUAAUAGGGGAAAUUUAUACGAAUUUGUUUUCGUUUCUCGUUGCCAUGAGUAUUGUCUCCGCAUUUGAUAAGUUUGAUCUGGCGCGUAUGGAGUGGGAUCACUUCCGAGAAAUCUAUAUAAAUCAUUGCAAACCAUUUUUAGCGAUUCCCUUGUAUAUUACAGUCUUCUGUCUACAUCAAGUGACUCUGAAGUUUGACGACAAACUAACAUUAUUGCAUUAUCGAAUGAGCAACGACACGGGAAUGGUCGAGGAAAAUAGCACAGUAAUCAUCACUUCCGAUGAAUUAAUCACCUGGAAAACGAUAAUCCUUGCGAAGGACGCAUUAGCUGUUGUAGCUUGGAUAUUCAUAGCCCUCGGUCCACAGAAAGACAUGCUCCUAGUCCAUCUCCAGGCUCUCCAGAAAUACGCUUAUAAUUAGAAAGUAUUUAGGAAGAAUAAAAAUGAAUGAAUAAAUAAAUAGUAAAACGUGAACAUGAUCAGUUAUUAUUCAUCGUCCAAAAAUGCAUUUAUCACGUAAUGCACAGUACAAUCAACUAUGAUACAAAAGACAUUAACAGUCAUUUUAAUUGGAAAGAAUAGGAGGUACGGUACGGAGGUAUGGAUUUACGUGAUUAUAAUAUUCGUAUUGAGUAUUCAUGAUGAAUUCUGGUGUGAUUUUUAAUUGUUCGUCAAUCCAAGAGAUCAAUUUACGUCAUGACGAUGUCGUUAUUCAUGUGGUAAUUUAUCUCAUUUAUGAUUACUGGUAUACCUACCUCAAAAAGUAGUAAAACGAGGUGAACAAUUGUACAAAACGAAAAAAACUUUGUAAAUUCGUAUAUUUAGCUGAUAAGAAAUCCAAAUAAAAGAACGAGUGCUUCAUAUAAA